UAAGCGAACAGGUAGACUUUGGGUUCCACAACACCUGGAAGUAGGAAUUAAACUGUUGGAUCCAGGAAGUGACUGGAUCAGAAUGGGAAAUUUUAAGGGCCAUAUUCUCCCAGGGUCUUUCUUUAUAUUUUUUGGCCUCUGGUGGUCAGUGAAAUACCCGCUAAAACAUAUCAGCAGGACACCGAAGAAGAACAGUCACGUACAGUGGAACGUCAAACAUCUGGAGAUCAUCGAAGGGGCCAUCAAAGUUUUCUUUGCGUUAGUAGGGAUUCUUGCUGAGCAGUUCGUCCCCAAUGGACCCCACCUCUAUCUCUACAGCGGGCAGCCCCACCAAUGGGUGAAGCUGAUGAACUGGCAACAUUCCACUAUGUAUUUCUUCUUUUUGAUCUCUGGAGCCGUGGAUAUCGUCACCUAUUCCUCGACCUUAAUGCCAGUCGGGCUGGACCGCUUCAUGCUGGGCAUUGCACUCUUUGUGGAAGGCGUCCUCUUCAAAUAUCAUGUCAGCCAGCGGCCAAUGCUUGAUCAACACAUCCAUGGCAUGCUCCUGAUCGCCAUCUUUGCUGGCGUUGCGAUCUGCUUCGUACAAGUCUUCGUGCGUGACAACAUGAUUUUGGACUUAUUUGCUGUCUGCCUGGCCCUCUUGCAAGGAACUUGGUUUUGGCAGAUAGGUUUUGUAUUGUAUCCACCAUGGGGAGGAUCAGAAUGGGAUCUGAAUGACCACAGCAAUUUAAUGUUCAUCACCAUGUGCUUCUGCUGGCACAUUGCCCUUGCAAUCUUCAUUACAGCAGUGAAUUAUUCCCUGGUCUAUUGCUACCUCCAGAACUGUAAAAAGAGCCAGAGACAAAUUACGAUUGGACUUGGCAUAAGGAAGCAAAAGAAUGCACAUGCUCCCCUCAUAAACGAAUCAGAUGAAGAAUGAGGCCGGCGGAGAGCUCAAUUGCUUUUAUUCAUAUUCGGAAACCUGAAAAUGAAAUAAUCUUAACAUCCCAAAGAUUAAUCGCACCUGGAAAAAUCGAAAAGACAUUGUCUAAGUAAGACGACAGAAGUAGCUGCGCUUCCUUUACAUUUUCAUAGCACAUCGUCUGGCUUGCCUUUUCUAUAAUCCCUGGGAGCAGAAUUGAUAAUGCGUCUAAUUGCCAGAGUGCUCUUUUUAUAAAGCAAUCUGUUUUGUCAACAGUGAAAGAAACCAAUCAAUUUUGCACUAUUUCUGAAAGAAGCCACUAAGCCUAAUUGGGAUUUGCUUGUUGUAACGUUUUUAAUCUAGCUCAUCUUCAGUUACGUAGACAGAAUUCCCAGUCUUAUGAUGAAUAAGCCUUCUAAUUUUGCACUAUCUGGACAUUUGGUCCCUUAGAUGUUAUUUCAAAUGAUUGAACUUUGACCGUAAGGGCAUACCUGCUUACCAUAUCUUGAUCAGGACAAUGCUAACCAACUUCUCCAAAUGGUAAGAAAUUCAAAAUUGCGGUGCUGUCCAAGUUUUGAAUUUUCCUUUAUUGGUGAAGAGGUUUUAGGCAUUUCCUAAUAUACGUACCGUGUUUUCCCGAAAAUAAGACCCUGUCUUACAUUUUUUUGAACCCUGAAAUAAGUGAUUAGCUUUAUUUUCGGGGAGGUCUUAUUAUUUUGGGGCACAUGGAACAAGACAGGGCUCCUCUUGCCGUCUUAUCUGAUUUCCAGCUUUGUCUCUAACCCUAACCCUAACCUUAACCUGAAGAAAUGGCGGGGAUCGGCUGCGCAUGCUGUUUAAUAUUUUCAGGGAGGGCUUAUUUUUGGGGGUGGGUGGGCUUAUUUUAGCGCAUGCGCUCAAAAGCCUGAUUGGGCUUAUUAUCCGGGGAGGUCUUAUUUUGGGAGAAACAGGGUAUUUGUUUACUGAUAUACAAGCCAGUUGAGAAAGUAGGGGCCCUAGACAUUUCAAUAGCCAACCAUCAUGAACUUUCUGGAAAUAAGCAGCUUCUAAAACACGAGUGAAGCAUUAUGUCAGUUCCAGAAAAGCAGGCAGAACAACUAUGGAACAGUAGUACAAAGAGUUAGCCUAACCAAUUCCCAUCUUGUAAAAUGGGAGCUGUCUUCUUGAAGGCAAAGACAAAAUGAAAUGGAGGUGAAGACCGAAUGGAAUUUAACUGGCCCGCUAGUUAAACUAUCAUGAAAUGCUUCUCAGCUGCCCAUGCCAAUCUACCAUAUUUUGCACCCUCUAAAUCAAAUGUGGAUUUCUUUUGGAAAAUAAGCAAACAAACUUUUGUUGCUCUUGUUCCGUUUCAGAAUGCCAGUGCUGUAUUUUAUUUUUCCUGUACUCAAGAGUGUUGCUGACAUGAUAGUAUUUUGCAUUCUGUAAGAUCAUGUUCUAAAGCUUUUGAGUUCAGUAUUCUAACAUUCUAAAACCAGGAACUGCACCUAUUGUUAUCCAAGGCGUAGAAUAAAUCAAUCCAAGUUUAAAAUAACAAUAUGACAUCCUUGAUUAUUUCGUGCAGUUAAUUCAUUAAGUUUGCUUUGUAAGUAAAACAGAGUAAAUAGGUCUGAGUGGUCAUUUCAUCCAGUAGAAAUUUGCUUCAUAACAUAACAUAAUAACAGAGUUGGAAGGGACCUUGGAGGUCUUCUAGUCCAACCCCCUGCCCAGGCAGGAGACCCUACACCAUUUCAUGUUAUGGUUCUGUUGAGUUAUUUGUAAUUCCAAUUUUCCCAAGAGAACAGGAAGACAAAUGUCUAGAAUUCACACACACACAAUAGCACUGAUAAUACUGACAGCUGAAUCUUAUUUCCAUGUAGGCAUUCAACCCUGGUGGUUUCCUUCUCCCACACAUAUUUAUCUAAUCAAUUCGAGAGAUUAAACUUGGAUCAUGGCAGUUUUACAAAUGCAAUUAUUUUUAUCUCCUUAAUCAUCAGUUGGUUAUCCCGCUUUCCUGUUGUCAAGCAAUGAAUAAUAGAAUAAAGUGAAGCAGAACAAUCUAUGUGCACCUGUCUAUCAUCUUCCUGUUUUAGGUCUGAUCCACAGUUUUCACCCUCCGAAAAACAAAAUCAUUCCUUCCUCCCUUUAGUUUUUUCCAUCCUUUGAAACUGCUCGGAGGAC